AUGGAAAUCGAUGGUGAUAAAGUUUUACACAAUGUGCGGCAUUUGCAGGAGAAAAUGCAUUGCAAAGAGUUGGAUCCAUUUUCUAGGUUAAGGAAGUUAAAUUCAGUCCAACUGGAUGAAAUUUGUAACGUGUUGGGUAAACUGCUUGAAAAUCGACGCUACACAGAGGAAAUCGGACGCCGGUUUCAGAGUAUGCUGCUGCUGAUUGUGACGAAUGUGUUCGAGAGGGAAGAAGUUGCAAACGGAGGAAGAAAAGAAGAAUUUAAUAUAGCAGACUUGGAACCAUACCGCCGAAAAUGUGUGGCCCUUUCGAAGCUGAUAUUACUUUGUCCGGAUGUAUUGAGGUAUUCCAUGGCGUUUUUCCGGAAAAACCCGUCUCCGUUCGUACGCGAGAUGAAAGACGACGAUUAUAAACCGAAGGAAAAGUAUCGUAAAAAGCAGCAAAAGGCACAGCCCUCAGACGGUUUCGCUUUGGAGAUGUUACAGGCAUGCCAUCGAUAUCUAAUUGCCGAUCCAGUAUAUUACCGUUCGGCUUGGAAUUGGUCAGAAUUUUUCGAACAGUUCGAUAGCAAUGAUUGUCCACGCAAGCGGUACUAUCUGAACCGAAUAAUGGGGAUUGUUGCUGGAAUGUCACAAACCGAUCUGAACAAGCUGGACGAAGGUAUACCGAUGGAAGUUAUGUUGGAGGAAGAUAAUCGCAUGAACCCCCAUAUCCUUCGCCAAGGGGAAGAAGAGGAAUCGAGCGUUAUCUCCAGUGUAGGCAAAAUUGUUUGGCAGUAUAAGAGCAACGUGGUUACCAAUAUUGGUGAUGUACUUCUACCAAUUUUCGAUAAGGACAACGUUAAUUUCUACCUCCGAAUGACACACGAGCAGGAUGCGGCACAACAGACAGACGUUCCACAGCCGUCUGAGUCUGAUCUGUUGGUAAAUGUGAAUUCUACAAAGUUGAAUUUACGCAAUCUUGCCCUAGGUGUGUCUUCUGGCAAAGCCAUCUGUCUCUCGGGACCGGUUGGAAGUGGGAAAACAUCGUUGGUAGAAUAUCUAGCUAAAGCUACUGGUAGAAUUCCGCCGAAAAGAGAAGAAUGUGCCAAGCCACAAGUGCUAAAGGAAGAGAUGUCCAAGAAACGCAAGCUUAACAAAGGCUCCAAAGUUGCUGACAUCGAUGGAAAUGAAACAUUCGAGUAUGAUGUUGAAUCACUCAAGAAGGUUGCUCCAAAGAGUGGAUUCUUGCGAGUUCAACUAGGCGAUCAGACGGACAGCAAAACCCUUCUCGGUCAGUAUCGUUGCACGGACACCCCAGGAGAAUUCGUUUGGCAACCGGGUGUAUUAACACAGGCUGUUAUGUACGGAUAUUGGCUAUUAUUGGAGGAUUUGGAUUCAGCCACCCAAGACGUUUGCACCGUACUGACGAACUUGCUGGAAAAUGGAUAUCUAAGUGUACCAGGGUUUCGCGAUUGUCUUCGUGUGAUGCCUGGGUUUCAACUUUUUGUAACACUACGCUCGGGAGCAAAAUCGAGUGCAUCGCAGGCUCAAUGUAGCACGUACAGUUUGCUGGAGAAAUAUCUGUACACCGUCACUAUAGUGCCUCUGUCGCGGAAGGAACUGUGCGACAUAAUCUGCAUUCGCUACCCGAAGCUUCGCACCGUGGCAACCAGAAUUGUGGACAUUUAUUUAACAUUCUCGAGCGGAUGUCAUUCGGAUGAGGACAAUCAAAAUUUCACCGCAGAACAACUGGCGCUCUUAGAACAGCCGCUCUUGCAAGAUGCUGAAGCAGAAGGAUUAGCAAUCAGUGUAGAAGAUACACUGCCAAGUUUUCAGUCGGAAAGCGGCGAAAAGCUAGCCACAAUGCCAUUUUCCUCUGGAUCAAACAGGCGCCUCGUAUCGACCAGGGAUCUUAUAAAGCUGUGUCGUCGAUCGGAUCCAUCGUUUUCUGCUACCAGCACCGAGUGUGCGUACUUCGUAUUUCAAAACGCGGUCGAUCUGUUUUGCUCGCACAUACCACAUGGUACCUUUCGAACAAAGCUUGUGACGGGUAUAGGAGGAAAAAUCGGCAUCCUUCCUAGUCGCUGUGAGCACCUUUGCGUAGAAUACAAACCAGCAGUUGAGGUGAGUGUUAGUAGUGAAAUUCGUGUGGGAAGGGUAGUCCUGAAGCGCUCACUGCCCCCAGAGUCAAACGAUGAAAAUAAUACCGACCGGACGGAGCACAAUUUCUUAAACAAGCGUCAGAAACUUGAUCGUAAUGCAUCUUCCCGGGUCAAAACGAUGCAAUAUCGAGCAGGACACAACGAACCAUCGCCAACAUUUUCCUUCACGCGACCUGCAGCAUGUCUAUUGGAGCGGAUCGCUGUAGCCGUCUCGCAGAACGAACCAGUAUUGCUGGUAGGCGAAACGGGUGUAGGAAAGACAAGCUCGGUACAGUAUCUUGCCUAUCAAACCCACCACAAGCUGGUCGUGGUGAACAUGAACAAUCAAUCGGAUGUGUCAGAUCUAGUCGGAGGAUAUAAGCCGGUGGAUUUGGGUUUCGUGGUCACACCACUGCGCUACGAGUUUGAAAGUUUGUUCCGGCGAUCGUUCAAUGCGCAGAAGAAUGAAAAAUUUCUUGCCAAUGUUGCACAGUGCUACGGGAGCGGUGAAUACGAUGUGCUGGUGAAGCUGAUGCUGAAAAUAUCCGAAAAAGCAUCACUUCAGAAGGUGGUACAAGGCAGUAAUGAGAUUAAGAGCAAUACACUUGAGAAGGAUGGAAAAAAUGUGCGUGAAAAAUGGAAUAUUUUGCAAGCGAAGCUGAGAAAAUUGGACGCUCAACUGAAGAAUUCGAUCAACGUAUCGUUCGCAUUUAUCCCUGGGUCGCUGGUAAACUGCAUUCGAAAUGGCGAUUGGGUAUUGUUGGAUGAGAUAAACCUAGCAUCAACGGAAACGCUCGAGUGCCUUUCAACUAUACUCGAACCGGAUGGAUCGAUCGUGUUGCUCGAGCGUGGAGAUUAUACACCGGUGAAACGUCAUCCCAACUUCCGCAUUUUUGCGUGCAUGAACCCUAGCACAGAUGUAGGCAAGAAGGAUCUCCCAGUGGGUAUUCGUAACCGUUUCACCGAGUACUUUGUGGACGAGCUGUUGGCUGAGAAUGAUUUGCUCAUUCUGGUAAAUGAUUACCUUUCAUCGACGGGCAUUCAAAAGGGGCGGAUCAUGAACACGGUUAAGCUUUACCGUCGAUUGCGUGCAAUGGCUCAGCUUGAGCUAAACGAUGGUCUCGGUAAUCGGCCCGUGUUCUCGCUGCGUACACUGUGUCGGGCGCUAUCGAUCUGUGGGAAGAAUUUAUGUGGCACCAUUGAUCGCAAUCUGUACGAGGCGUUCUGUAUAAGCUUCCUCACACAGCUGGAUCUUAAAUCACAUGCCACGGUGCUGACGUACAUUCGGCAAACUCUGCUUCCGAAGGAUAGCAGUGGAGUUGUGGUGAAGAAACUCGCACCCAUACCGCGCCCGAAGGUGAAUGCAGAGAAACAGCUCGAUUUUGAAGGUUAUUGGAUUGAACAAGGUCCCCGCGAAGUGCAGGAAUGCAAGAGUUACAUCCUGACGGACAGUGUGCGCAGUAAUCUGCGCGAUUUGGCACGAAUCAUAUCGAUCGGAAGAUUGCCGGUACUGUUACAAGGACCAACGUCUGCUGGAAAAACUAGCUUGAUCGAGUAUAUAGCGAAACGGAGCGGAAAUGUGUGUCUUAGAAUCAACAACCAUGAGCAUACGGAUCUGCAAGAGUACAUUGGUACGUACGUGGCCGAUGUGACCGGAAAGCUAACGUUCAAGGAAGGCGUACUGGUGGAAGCAAUGCGUAACGGGUACUGGAUUAUAUUGGAUGAGCUAAACUUGGCACCAAGUGACAUUCUGGAGGCGCUGAACCGUGUGCUCGACGAUAAUCGGGAAUUGUUCAUCCCGGAGACGCAGGUCGUGGUGAAAGCACAUUCCAAUUUCAUGCUGUUUGCAACACAAAAUCCUCCCGGUCUUUACGGUGGUCGCAAGAUGCUUUCACGAGCGUUCAAAAAUCGCUUCAUAGAAUUACAUUUCUCGGAUAUUUCCAAACCGGAGUUGGAGGUAAUUUUAGAACGGCGUUGUCAUAUACCGCGUUCCUACGCUGUGAAGAUGGUGAAAGUGAUGUCGGAUCUGCAGCUGAACCGCCGUAGCACAACGGCCAAGCAGAACUUUACGCUCCGUGAUCUGUUUCGAUGGGGCAAUCGGUACACUUAUGCCGAUCCGAAGUUACUUGAAGAUCACAGCUACGAUUGGAAUCAACACUUGAUCGACGAAGGCUAUCUAGUGUUAUCUUCCAAAGUACGUAGCUCAUACGAAACGGAAAUCAUACGUGAGGCACUCUUUGCACACUUUCGUAAACGUGUAGAAGAGAGCAAUCUCUUCAGUCUGUCCGAGAACACUUCGAAAGUGACCGGUUCGAUUUUGGAACGUGUGAUGGCAUGUGGAGCUGAUACGAACGAAACAGCGAAUGAGGAAAGACGGCGAGGCGGUGAAGGAAUAGUAUGGACAUUUGAUAUGCGCCGAAUGGCAGUACUGGUAGCAAAAGCGUUGCAGUUUAACGAACCGGUACUGCUGGUCGGACCAACUGGUUGUGGUAAAACGACUGUUUGUCAACUGUUGGCAACGCUGGAACAGAAAACAUUAAGAAUACUGAACUGCCACAUGCACACGGAAGGGGCUGAUUUUCUUGGAGGGCUUCGUCCUUAUCGGUCAGAUCAAAAGAAGGUAAUGGACGAUGAACUGACUGGUUCAAAGAAACAUCAACUGUUCGAAUGGUCAGAUGGUCCGCUUGUUCUGUCGAUGCAAGAAGGAGGAUUCUUUCUGGCAGAUGAAAUUUCACUUGCAGAGGACUCAGUUUUGGAGCGAUUGAAUUGUGUCUUGGAACCGGAGCGCACGCUUCUUCUGGCAGAGAAAGGGGGUGUAUCUUCCGGAGCAAUCGUCGAUGGAACAUCCCAGCAGGGCGUACAAUGCAACGAUGGUUUUGUGAUAACUGCUCACGGCGGAUUCCAGUUUCUUGCCACUAUGAAUCCGGGUGGUGAUUUCGGAAAGAAAGAAUUAUCACCUGCAUUGCGAAAUCGCUUAACGGAGAUAUGGUGCAGAGCUACUGAUUCGGAAGAUGAUUUAACUCACAUUGCGGAGAAUACGUUGCGUCGCCAGCUGUUGCUGGAAGGUGAUGAUUCCUUCCCCACAGAAAACGAAUCCAUGGGUGCAAUUGCUCGAGUCAUCGUGAAAGAGGUGCAAGUGUUGAAACAGUCGAUCGAAAAGCUCAACUUCAGCAUCCGAGAUGUAUUGGCAUGGGUUGGAUUCGUUGCGAAGAAUGCGUCGCGGGUAGGACUCCCAGAGGCACUGAUUUACGGUCUGGAGACCGUGUUUCUUGACUCGCUAGAAAUGUUGCCAUAUGAGACAUACGAAGAAAUUGUAUCCAUACGGCGUCAAAUGCGUCGAUCGCUGAUGAAACUGAUGAAACAGUUGCUGCAGUGGAAUGGAAUAAUCAACAUGAUUGAUUACGAUCAGCAGGCGACAGGGUCUGGUGCACUUUCGGUGAUCACAUCAACGGAAAGUCGUUUUGGUAUUCAUCCAUUCUACAUCGAACUGAUCCCAAAUGUGCAACAAGCUACACGACAAAGCACAGACUUUAUGUUCACUGCACCAACGACUCAGCGCAACCUUUUCCGAUUGCUAUCUGCAUUGAGCCUCGAUAAAGCCAUUCUAUUGGAAGGUCCUCCAGGUGUGGGAAAAACUUCAUUAGUUGAAAGUCUUGCCCGUGAAAUAGGAUACGAUGUUGUGCGUAUCAAUCUCUGCGAGCAUACUGAUCUUGCUGAUCUUUUCGGUACGGAUCUACCAGCGGAUGAUCGAUCGCUCGAGGUAAACAGUAGUGAUCGCGUCGAAACAAAUGCAUCUGCAGAUUCUCGGCCAGCGCUAGGAUCGUUUGUGUGGCGCGAUGGACCAUUACUAGCCGCACUGAAGGCCCGUCGAAACACCUGGAUUCUUCUGGAUGAGUUAAAUUUGGCGCCGCAAAGUGUUCUGGAGGGUUUGAACGCAAUCCUGGAUCAUCGUGGAGAGGUGUACAUAGCCGAGCUGAACAAAACCUUCCAUCUGGGCAAAAGAACACGAAUCUUUGCCGCACAGAAUCCGCUUCGACAGGGAGGCGGUCGUAAAGGUUUGCCACAGUCAUUCCUGAAUCGUUUCACGAAAGUGUAUCUGAGGAAGCUUGAACGGCGAGAUUUGCUACACGUUGUGCAUGGCAAAUAUGCAGAGAAAUUCGAUGCGCUUGGAGAGCGUUUGAUGAAAGGCAAAGGAUUUGAAAUGUCCCAAAGCUCAGUAGUAAGCUAUUUCGAACAUCGAGACACAGCGAGUGACGAACGAUUAAAGUUUGAUCUGGCUGAAAAAAUGGUUGUGUUUUCGGAACGCUUAGAAUGCGGAUUGGCAAAUCUAGAAUUCGGUUACAAAGGUGGUCCAUUUGAAGCGAAUCUUCGAGAUAUCCUACGCUGGUGCGAACUGUUCUUCAGCGAAAGCUGUGGGUUUGUAGUGCCUCAAAAUGGCUUUGGAACAGACAACCUCAAACAUAAGCUUUUGGUGGUACUUUUCGAAAAGAUGAAACUAGUCUACUAUCAGCGGAUGCGUGCAGAUUUGGAUAAACGUUAUAUAGUGACUGCAUUUUCGGACGUUUUCCAUUGUGAUGGAGAUGAGCUGGAGCGUAUCUCCCAAGACAUUGGUUUGUACUGGACGGAUGACAAGUUGUACCUUGGAGAUAUUGUCCUCCAGAAAGGAUGUACCAUGGAAGAUAGUGCAGAACUUCCGCUUGCUGCUGUAAAACAACAACCGAUAUCUGCUACUGGAGGCACAUCGACCUUGAUUCUUGCUAGUCAAUUGGAACUGCUCAAAAGUGUAACGGAGUGUGUGCACCUGGAGAAACCGAUCAUCUUGUGUGGGCCAAGUGACUGUGGUAAAACGAAAGUAAUCGCACUACAUUCUACGUUGUCCGAUGCAUUCUAUCAGGUGGACACUAUAGACGACACCGUGACGGGUAGUUUCCAGCAGUUCGAUUUUAACCGUCAUAUGGAAGAGAUGGCUGCACUGGUAGAAACGACAUUGCGGAAGAAAGUGAAACAAUUGCUGUUACGAGAUGGCACUGCCGUGCUUUCAAAGGGAGGAUCUGUACUGGCCUUACUGGAUUGUUGGGAAAAGUACGAAAAUUUGAGUGAAGGUGCUGCUGCUUUUAGUGCAAAUAUAACAAGCUCGCUACAGAGCGGUGAGAUGGUUCUGUUCCGAAAGCGACUCAGUGCCCUACAGAAUGUUAUCACGGUCCUGGUGCAGUACGGUGAAUCUGACAUUACAAUCAACCGACUCAACGGGAUGUACAAAGUGCUAGAAAAGUUGGAUCAUCUCGCCAGGCAAGUUCAGACACUCAAUACCGGUGGCCAUUUCGAGUGGGUGGAUUCGAAGGUGGUGAAGUGUCUUCGUACCGGACAACACAUAUGCCUGGAGCAUGUGAACCUUUGCUCGUCCGCCGUCCUCGACCGUUUAAAUCCUGUAUUUGAACCGAACGGUGCGCUAAUGAUUUCGGAGAAAGGUACCAUCAGGACAGACGAUGCUGGCGAUGACGAAACUACGACGGAAGUGGUUCAAAGACAUCGUAAUUUCCAAGCGUUCCUUACCUUGGAUCCAAAGAAUGGUGAAAUCUCUCGUGCUAUGAGGAACCGAUGCAUCGAACUGGCUUUUGCCAGUCGGGAUGCGUACGAAUUAGACGAUCUGCGGCGGCUUGUGUUUGCAAAUGGAAUUCGUGAGCCGUAUCUCAUCGAGGUCUGUCUUUCCAUCCAUAAGGAACUGCGGAAUAGUUCUGGGCAGUCGGAACAGUUUAGUCCAUUCGGAGUAGCUCAUUUAGUGCGGUUUGCUCAACUAAUGGCACAGAAUCUACAAAAACAGGGAACUGAACGCAGUAUCGACUGUCUAAAGCUGAGUGCGAUGGAUGUUUACGUUCGGACAUCUAACGUGGAUCUGCUGGGCUAUGGAUUGGAUUUCUAUCGGAACGCAUUGAAAGAGGUGAUUGAAAAAGUUAUUCAAUCGAUCGCCGUGCGGCGAAGUACGGUACACUUUGAAAAUGUUACGCUUCAUGCGAAUGGUCUCACAAAACUGGCUCGAAUCAAACUACAAGCGGAACCGUUUCUGGCGCUGCUUCGUGGUUACACUGAAGGUUUGGACGGUGAUAGAAUGAUGGCGGACAUAUCAAGUGGCUUUGAAUCGAUUGGCGGCAAGACGAGUAAGAGUUCAUUGAAAUACCUGCUUUACUUUUUGUAUGAAAUUAGCACGCAAGUUGAUAUUGAAAUGCGAACAGCAUAUCUACGCAGAGCGAUCGAUGAAGCAGGUAAAGCGUUAAAGAACGUGAAGAAUCAUCAGAAAACAGCACUAAGUGCGAAUGUAAAUGGAACUGGUAUUCAAGUGGACGUACGUGGAAUGGAUAUGGAGAUUAAGGAAAGGAAACUGCAACGAGACUGGGAUGCAGCGCCAUCCAGUUUGAAGUUCGCGAUGCAAUCACAAUGUCCGGAGGUUCAACAAAAGUACAAGACAGAACCGCCUGAAGCGGUGGAAAAUCUAGAGGAUGGAGUGAAUGUGACCAAGCUACUUGAUUUAAUCAUCGAACUAAAUGAAAUGUUGUGUGCAGCGGUGCAAAAGAUACCACAAUCUGAAACAACGGGAGAUCUGCCCUGGAAUCGUAAUCUAUUCCCAAGGAUUCGUGAUUAUGUAGCUAUAAGCAACAAAUUGGAUUCUCGAAAGGUGAGCAGCGAGCUAUUGCUUCACACAAUCCUCUCCCCAGUCAAUGUAGACACGGUAACAAAGCUUAGCCAGAUCGAUCUAUUAUCGUAUUCGAAAGCAGUUCACGAUAAGUUGAUCAACGAUGGAAUUAGUAAUGGAUUGCUUCUGAUGUUGUAUGACUUCCUUAACAACUACCGUACAAUGGUCGUACAAGCACUACCGGACCUACUGAUGAGUGACGAGCUGUACGUACGAUUGAUCAUCUCAAACCAAUGGAUAAAUCGACUAAUCGAUCUCUCGCAUCGGAAAAUGUACGAGAACAAAGAGCUGCAGGUGGGAUUGAUGGACAAUCUUACGCUUCAUUACCAAUGGGUUGAGAAGCACUGUCUGAGUCUGUUGGAGAAAGGUUCGCAGGAGAAUGGCAACCAAGUAAGAGUAGCUUUACGGCAAUCUAUUACAGAGCUGACGCAUCCUUUGCUCGCCAUGCGGAAAGCUUACGGUAAACGCUUUCUGGAGUACCUGCCACUGUACACUGCCGAGCAGGUGGAAAAAGCCGUGAACCUUAUGCAACUGGCUGAUAGCAUGAGAUUGGUGCCUAAACUGAGCAAACGACAUACGUAUGACGAGUUCCAACGGCGAGUCACACUACUGAAUCAUGUGAAAACUUUCGACUUAAAGCGAUCGCUACUAGCGAUAAUGUUUGAACGUCGCGAACAUGCUUUGAUCAAUGAAAGUGAAGAACCCGAUACAAACAUCGAUGCGUUUGCAAUGAUUGAAUCGCCGCGGAAGGAACCAAUCAAGAGCUACUACAAAUUGAUCAUGUCUAGGAAUGGUACACAAAGACAUGACGUGAAGGAGGAAAUUUUAAAAAAAGUCGUCGAUAUGAUUUCUUCAUUCGAGACAGACACUAAAUCGCUGCCACAACAGGAAUGCCUCACCACUGCAAGUCAAUACGAACUGGAACGUUUACCGUUGUUAGAGUACUAUGUGUACAAGGUGUUGUUAGCUUCGCGUGGACGUAAUCAGCAGCACCCAGUUCGAAUGGACUAUUUGUUAAACAUACGUUCACUUGGAAUUGAUGCACUAUGUGCAAUCAAGUCACAAACUGAAGAAGAACAUCGUGCAGCGGUUGGAGCGUACAAUUCAUUGCUGGCAUUAAUCGACGAAGCACCGUUUGAGCAACUGUUGUCGAGUAUACCAACGCAACUUUAUCGUAAUUUAAGCUCCUAUUGGCACGAAUUUUGUAGCCUGCUGGAACGACUCGAACUUAGUUCACUGAUCCUUCAGCGAAAUGUCUGUCAUAAUGUUGAAAAUGCUGAAGUUUACGAGACGCAUCACAAUAAUCAUGAGCCGGAUGCAACCGAUAAGGUCACUAGCAGCUUCCGCGGUGCCUUGCUAACGAUGAGUUGUCUGUCAAUUCUGCUAGAAAAGCGCUCAAGUGGAUUCAGAGUGACAGGAUUAGGUGAGCUACCAGACUGGCGGCACACAUUAGGCACAAUAGCCACGAUCUUGUGGGGUAACACGCGCGUGCUUUCCAGAGAUUAUCGUGCAGAAAGCAAUCAUUUGCAAUUGGCUAACACUGCAGCGAUAAAACUGUUGAAAGAGCUUGAGUUUAUUGUGCAGGAUAGUGAUGCAGUGAGCGAUAGAGCGCAUCAAUUUGUAAACGAUUUCCUCGACGUCGCGAAACUAUUACGCCAGUAUCAGGAACAAACAAAGGAACUGAAUGAUGAAGAGGAAGAUCGCGAUCGAGACUGGCGGAUGGCAUCUUUAAUGCGCACGCUUACCGGAACACUGGAAUUGAAUUUGUACGUUUUCCUGCCGUUGCUUGAUCCGGUUGAAAAGAACCGGCUAAAGAAACGCUAUCUAGAGGAAGAUAUCGUUCUGUUAGAAAUGCUGGUCCGCACGUACGAUUGCAUGGCAGUAACGAUGAACUACCGUCAGCUUGGGGAGCAUAAUCGUCGUCUGUUCCUUAGUGAGAUUGAACGGCUAAGGAGCAAAGAACAACACCUGCAGCGCAAGGUAGCUCUUCGUCCAAACAAUACUGUUUUGUAUGCAGAAUUGGUAAGAGAUGUAAACAAUUUCCUACUCUCCUGCUGCCAUCCCGCUACGAUGGGGAUGCUCGUGAAAUCAAUCGUUCAGUGUCUGGAUUAUGUGGUGGAUAUGCAAAAUUCGGUCAACAAUCGUAACCACACACAAGCCUUCCUGCUGAAGGUGUCGGAGCUAAUCACGCAGAUCGAUGUGUGGAAUGAUAUCGCGCUGCAAUUCGAGCAUCACACUCUAAAGCGUUACAGUCCUUACUACCAAGACUUCAUGGGUCCGUUAUGUAACUCAAUUACAACACUCAGAUAUGGUAUGAACGGUCUGCGGCACUGUCUAUGUGCCAAGCGGGUGACCAUAGAACAGAAACCGAAUGGAGCAUUUUAUGAUCUAAACGAAAAUCGUUCUCUGAUGAAGAUGUUGGUAAAGUUCAUACAAUUCCCGAGCGCUAAGCCUCUCGAACUUUUCGACGAUCGUCACAAGGUGAACAUUUAUUCGGUGAUGGAAAAACUGACCGAACCAGAGCAGUCUUAUUUCCGACUCCUGAAAGCUCGCUUGCAGGAGGUAUCGAACAGGAUAAUGGUGGAGCGGAUUGUUGGAAAGCGAUCGUUUACCGAGCUCGAUCGUAUCGUGAACGUCUGUAAUCAAGUGUGGCAAAAGCAAGAACAUUUGCGAAGAAAACGACAAGCGGAAGAGGACAGUCUUUAUUUGACAAAAUCACACUGUGACGAGGAAAGCGAAGACGUCAUUGCGCAACGUGAGAUCAGUGAAAUGUUCCCCAAUUACGUCGACGAUGACUUUGCCGAGUUCAUACAAAACGAUACAUUGGAACAGAUCAUCAAAGCACCUGUCCGGAAGGAAAAACCUGCCGAUACGAUAGGGGACGAAGAUUAUGCACUGAUUUGUGAAAGUUUCAUCACGCUAAUGGCGAAGUAUACGCGAUCGCAUUAUUACCAUCCAGAAGUGACGGUAUCCAGUGGGGGUGAAAAUGUGUCGUUGGACUUUGUUAAACCUUUCGAAACAAAAUUGGAAAUUUUCAACCAAAUCGUGCAAAAGUAUGAACCCUCCAUCGGGAGCGAGUUUGAUGAAAUCGCAUACGGUGCAUUGAGUUUGGCAGUCGGAUUGCUGCAGGAAAGAUAUGACGAUCAGAUGGAGGUGGGUCAAAUCGAACGGAAGACCAAGGGUGGUAGCUAUGUGUCAACGAAUUAUAAUUUCUACACCGAUUCCAACAUCCCGGAGGUGCUGCAAUGUGUGAAAGUGUUAAAAAUGGUCCAGAAACGAGUCGAGGAGCUGCUGCUGGAGUGGCCUGAUCAUGCUGUACUCAGCGAUAUCCUGUUGAUCAUGCAGCGUAUUUUAGGUCUACCAUCCACCGCACCAAUUGUACGUUUCAGCACGGGAUUGCAAUUGCUACGGCAGAAACUAGACGAAUGGAAUGCAGUUGCUCAUCGGGGAAAUAAUAUGCGAGAGCUAGAGAAAGAAGUGGUAGAAUAUAUCAACCGCUGGAUGCGAAUGGAGUUGCAGUACUGGCGCGAAUGUUUGUCUCGAACUUUGGAAAGAGUUCGUUCGAAGGCAUAUCGGUACUGGUUCUUCAUGUACAAUCUAUUGCACGAAUAUUUGCAAGUAGGAGCAACGCGAAGGGGAAAACUCGGCCACCUGCUCGACUACAACAAGGUAGAGAAAUGCUACGGAGAGCAGGAACUGUUAGACGAGGAAGAAGAAAUGCAGAAUGCGGAUGAAUCCGGAGUAACGAUUCAGGAUGUUAUAAAGGUACUGAAGCAGUUUAUGGAAUCGUCCAACUAUGCAGAGUAUGGAUUGCGCCUGCGUGUGAUGAAGUCCUUCGAGCAGUAUCUCCAUUAUCUUGGUGAGGAGCAAUUUGGUUGUGAUAUAUCUAAGCGCGAUACACUGAUAGCUGCACUGUACAACAUUCAUAUGUACUUUGAUCAAUUUUCGGAAGAAAUUGAAGAACAUGUACGCUCGAAACGGGUUCCGAUUGAAAAGAAACUGAAGGAUUUUGUAAAAAUAGAAUCAUUCAACAAGGAUUUAUCGUACUUCAGCAUGCGUAACAACAUAGCACGUGUGCACCGACAACUGCACAAAUUCCUGAAGGAGUUCGAGACAGAAAUUUCAACCCGAGUAGGUUCCGUAUUUUCUCCCAAAGACCCGGCACGGGAAAUCAACGAUGCCGAUGAACAAAAGGUGAAAGUGUUGCGAUCCGAGGCGAAGGUUACAUACUACAUGGUUGAUGUGAAGAGUUUCAUGGCUCCGCGGAAGCUGAUGGAGCGGUUUGCGAUUGAUAAGCCAGUGUCUGCUAAAAACGCAGAAGGAGCAAUGAACACUAGCGGUGGUAGUCAACAAGGAGCAACGCAGCUUUUUCAGAAAAUUGAUCGAUUCUUCUCGACCGCCCGUAAUGUAUGUCGAGAAGCGAUCCUGCACGCACCGUUCCCCGGACUGGUGUACAGUUUAGACACGUUUAUGCAUGAGCAGAUAGAAACAAUUGAGUAUUUGCGUGGGUUGGAGGUGGACCGUACGCAGCCCCGGCCGAAACAAAAGUCCCAAGCAAAGCAAAUACUGAACCAAAAGCGAAAGGCACUGUCAGACUUUUACAAAACGCUUACCGUUCUUGGACUGAGUUACCGGACUGGGUUGGUUGAAUCGGCGAUUGGAGGAUCUGAUCCUGUAGAUCCAACGAUUAAACCAUUCAGUUUAGAGUUGUUGACACAUGCUUCAAGGUACCGGAAGGUCGAUCAACACAUCGUAUUCCUAAACGAUAAGCUUAAUCUGUACUAUGCCAAAUGUGUGUUCAAGAUUAAGCUGUUGUCGAAGGUGAUGCUACAGCCUGAUCCCGACAUUGCUGGACCGAUCAAUGUAGAUCGCAUCAAGGGUUUCUCGAUCGAUAUGUUCCUGGUGGUACAGAACCAACGAAAGACAUUAUCGGGGCUUGUGGACAAUGUGCUCCAAUUGCGAGGACUGAUUGCGAACCUCUACCAGCUAAGUGCCUGCCUUGAAGGAGAACAAUCUAACGAUGAUAAUGGACUACGCUUCCGUGAAUAUCGUCUGCGGAUGGAUGUCGUGGGACAGUGUGCCAUGGACGCUCGUUUGGUGCUGGAACAAUUCCAAAUGUUGCUUGCCUCUGCGCCAAACCAAACCGAUGAGGAAUUGCAGUUACUCGAGACAAGUCCGACUAAUGCAGCAGAAGGAUGUUUCUAUCGAGAGUCGGUGGAAUUUGGAAUGAUAACAAAGUUGGUAAAAGAUGCUCUUAAACGGACGGUCGAAUUGAAUGAAGAGAUUGGUAAAACGGGCAAUGAUACUUACUGCACCCGCGAUCGUAUUGUGAACCUUGAGAAUAAAUUAACGACUGUUAGAGAGUUGCUGUUAUCGCUGACGAAUGCAUUCAAAUUCUCCAGUAAUGUCGAAUUGCCGGAUAGUUAUUCUGUGUAUGGUCAAUCUAUAGUUCAGUUGCUGCAGCGUUUUGAUAAAUACAAGAAGGAUGUUUCGGAAGUAGCAUUUAACGAAAGUAACAUCAUCGCGGAUUGCUCAUUCGAUGAGGAGAGCGUGAAUAAUGAAAUCGAGAACGUUAUCCACUCGCUGCUAAUAUCUAUGCAAAAUAUCUACAAGAAAUAUUCUGAAAUAGUACCAGAACCGGAUCGUAAAGAUGCAGACAAGUAUGAAGAAGCUGCUUGUGACGUGAAAACCGAUACCAACGAGGACGAAGAUGAUGAUGAAUCCGACUAUAAUCUACAGGAACAACACUUGAAGCAAAAGAUCGCAGCAGAUCUGCUGUGCGAUUUGAAGACAUUAAGUAUCGCAAAAGUUGUUGGGAAAUUAAGAGGUUUGUUGGAACAGCUUGAGGAGACUGGAGAAGAGAGCGAUAGAGUACGGUUGCGCACUCUGAUCCUGAAGCUCACACGUUUGGUGCCGAUACUUGAGCAGUAUAAUUUGCUCGUUGAAUACUAUCUUAUACAGCAGUUGGGCGCUCACAAGAUAUGCACAAAAAUGCUCUCUGUUAUGUUAACUGUUUUCAUCGAGCUUGCAACAAAGGGUUUCUGCGUUCCGAAGGACUUACUAGGAGAAGAGGCAAAAGAGCAAAAUGGUGAUCAGGAUAACGAUGGCGACAAGGGCGAAAAGUUUGGGUUUGAAGAUGGUGAAGGUGAAAAGGAUGCGUCACACAAGAUCGAAUCGGAAGAUCAACUGGAUGAUGCUCGAAAACCGGGAUCUGAGAAGGAGAAACAGGAGGAGGAUAAAGAUAACAAGGAAGAGAAAGGCAUUGAUAUGAGUGAAGAUUUCGACUCCAAAUUGCAAGAUAUGGAACGACCGGAGGGUUCGGAUUCGGAGGAAGAGAAAGAUGAAGAUGAGGAGAUCGACAAGCAGAUGGGGGAAACGGAAGAGGGAGCAGAGAAACUGGACGAUCAGAUUUGGGGAGAUGAUGAGGAAAAGCCGGAAGAGGAAGAAAAUGAUAACAGCAUGGAAGAAGAAGACGGAAGUGGUACAAAUGAAAAAGAUGAACGUCAUAAUGAUCUAGGCUCGGAGAAAGAUAAACAGCAGUCCGGUGAUGAUAAUCAGCAGGAUGACGGAAUGGAUGCGAUUGAUCAGUCUCCGAUUACGGAUGAUAAGAAAAAGCGGAAACCGAAGGACAUUAAUGAUAUGGACGAUAAGGAAGGGCAAGAAGAGGAGGAUCAUGAAAAUCCUUAUCAUAACGAGUUGGAAGAACCUCCAGAGGCGGAAGAGCUUGAUCUGAAUGAAGAUUUCAAUUUGGAUGAAAAUGAAAGACAGAAAGACGGUGAUAACCAAGAGCAGGAGAAUCCGUUCGAUAUCGACGCAAAGAAAGACAAUGCCGACGGUGAGCAGGAAGGCAAUGAGGAAGACGAGGACAAAGAUGGCGAAGAUCAGGCGGAUAAUCCAGCUAACGAAAAUGGCGUCGAUUCAUCAGACGAGGAAGAAGAACCAACCGAUCCGGAUAGCACAGAUAAGCUUGCCGAUGAACCGCCUGUACCCGAGGAAGAUCCGAACAAGGAAAACAGCGAUCAGCAAGUUCCGGGCGAAGAACAACAAAAGGAAGAACAAUCAACACCGGAAGAGGAAGAGCAGAAAGAUGAUCAGCAAAAGAAGCGGCCCGAGGGCGACGAACACCAUGAGUCGCGUGACAAGCGUACUGAAGAGGAUCGUGUGGAGGCAAUGCCUGAUGCAGAGAACAAAGGUACGAGCGAUCAAGUGGCCAACGAUAAGCCGGAAGCGAAACAGGAGCACGAGCUAGACGAGCAGGAUACGGGCGAGGAUAAGGAAGGUAUCGGACAGGCUGAAAAUGAGCAAUCCGAUAAGGGUCACCGAGGCAUUGCGGAAUCAAAAGAAACGCGCACUCGUAAAGAUGAACAAAAAGAGCAGCAACAGCAACGGCAACAACGGCGCAAACAAGGUCACACCGAUGAGGAUCGUUCUCUGGGUGAUCCCGACAAAGCAGAAAAGAAGCGACUGAAGACGGUCGAGCAGCUAAACCGAGAAGAGCGCCCGGAAGAAGAUACGGAGAAGAUAGAGGAUGUAACCGAGGAGGAGCUUAAAGAUGACGAGUUCCAACACGUUAAAGAUGCUAAAAAUAGUGAUAAAACUACCAUGGAUAAUGCAACGGAAGAGCAAUCGAAGCAGAUUCAGCACCAGGAAAAGCAAGAGGAGGAUGAUAAAGAAGGAAAAGACCAGGAAGAGGAAUCAGCCGAUCAGCUGAUGGAGGAUGAUGAGCCACCGCAAGAGGAACUGGAAAAAAGGGAACUUCUAGAGAGCGAGAAAAACGAGAACAAGAAGGAUAAGCCGGCUAAAAAGGAUCAAAAUGCGAUAAAAGAAAAAAUGGAAAGUGAAGCAAACGCGGAAGUGGAGGGUGAAAUAGUUCCCACGGCGACGGUAGCGCGAGGCGAUGACACAGUUGCUCACACAAUAUUCGAAAUUCUGCACGAUAUAACUCUCCCGGAUGAACCAACGACGUCCGAGCAGCUCGAUAUGCGAAAGAUGGUUGAAUCGGAAAUGCAAUCCUCCAUUCUGCAGGAUGGUUCCAACGAUCCUGAGGCGUUUGAGCGGUGGCAGCAAAUAUCGCACAAAAUGUUGCCCAGUGCACGUGAUCUUUGCGAACAGCUCCGACUGAUCCUGGAACCGACAAAAUGCACUCGACUUAAGGGCGACUAUCGCACGGGUCGACGGAUAAAUAUGAAGAAAAUCAUCCCGUACAUAGCGUCGCAGUUCCGUAAGGAUAAAAUUUGGUUGCGCCGAACGAAGCCAGCACAGCGCGAUUACAAGAUUACGAUUGCGAUCGACGACUCGAAAUCGAUGGAUCAUAACAAUUCCAAGGACCUGACACUGCAAGCGAUAUCGUUGGUAUCGCAAGCGUUAUCGCUGCUGGAAAGCGGACGUUUGAACGUGAUGUCGUUCGGCGAGAAGCCAAAGAUACUGUUGAAGCAUUCUGAUCAGUUUGACGGUCCGAAACUGAUCAGUGCACUGAACUUUGCACAAAAUCAGAGUCGCAUUGCGGAGUUGCUUAAGUUUGUGCGCACAUUCAGCACGGAGGACGCAUCAGCUUCGGAUAAUGGAGUAUUUGAGCAUUUGCUGUUGGUAUUAAGCGAUGGUCGGAAUAUCUACAGCGAAGGAGAGAAGGAAGUUAAAAAUGCAGUGAAGCUGGCCAGACUGCAACGGAUCUUCAUUGUGUAUAUUAUUAUUGAUAAUCCAGACAACAAGCAUUCAAUAAUGGAUGUACGAGUGCCUCUGUUCACGGCAGACAGUACGCAGAUAAUCAUGCAGUCAUACCUUGACGUUUUCCCUUUCCCAUACUACGUAAUAGUAAGGGAUUUGGGGCAGCUUCCGAUGGUAUUGAGUGAUGCGAUGAGGCAAUGGUUCGAAUUAGUAAAUAGCGAGCAGUAA